CCCUCGAUCACUUGCUGGUUGGUGGCUCCGGAGGUGGAUGCGCCGUGUGGGCGUGCGGUGCCCUCCGCCUGUUGACUCGGCGUUGCGGCGCGGUGGGGCCGGCUUUGUGCCGCCGCAGGUGACAGGCUGCGUGUGCGUGUACUUUUGUGUGUACGUCUGGAGGUUUGUGUGUGUGUGUGUCAGCCCGAGGCACUGAGUCACAGCCCGCUGGCCCGGCACUUCCUCCUGCCGCAGGGGACACGACCCGCGGCCCCGGGGGCGGGCGGCAGCACCCUGCCUGCUCUCCUGCCUCCCGCAGGACACCUCACCUGCCGCCGCCGAGCUUUUUUAAUAUAAAACACUGCGAGAGGGUGACGGUGAGCUCAACUUUCUCUCUAACCCAAACCGGUGAAAAGUAAAAUCCAUCUCACCGCAUCAGUUUUGUUUUCACUGCUGUUUAAAUCUCUCCUUUCCCUCUGGCAGAGCUCUGCACAGUCAUUACGCGCCCGGCUUGGGGGUGGUGUGGUUGUUAGCUCAGUGGUGUAUGACCCAUUUAUUUUCAUAAUACUUAGAUACCUGCGCUUCUACGGCGCCCAUCUCGCGUUCCUGCGCCCCGCGUCGUCGCCAGAAGGGCAUUCACCUGAUUUCGGCAGCGCCGCGUAAAGUGCCAGGCGCCCAGAGCCGCCGGCUGCCUGCGUGGCUCGGUGCCGGCCGCUGGAGGAUGGUGGGCUGGAAGACAUCCCUAGCUGGCCAUCGGUGAGCAGGUGAAGGGCAGGUGAAGGUGCGUUUCCCUGCAGCUGACACGUUGCCUUAAAAUACGAGGUUAAAUGCGUAUUGCGAGCUCAUGGGACGGGUUUCCUGUUGUCAUUUGCAAAGAGCUCCGAAGCGCGAGUGUGGCAGCGUGGCUUUCCCGGCCACAUCGCCGUGCAUUUCCAGGGGCAGCGAGGUAAUUAAUGACAGCAGACUGUCAGCUCGCCCCAUCUCCAGACGUGGCCUCACCAAUGCUCGUAUUUAGUCUGGUCUUAAGACAGACCUUUUCUCUUUAUUUCUUUUUUACUCAGCUAAUUGGGUUGGCUUUCUGCAGGUUUUCAGACGAUAAUUAGGUUCAUACUUGUGUCGCCUUGCGGAGCCGGGUAAAUGGAAGGAGUCAGGCAUAGGAGAGGAGGGUAAACCAGCAUUGCAGUGGAUACAGGAGUUUCAUGGAUAAAAUUAAAAAGUAAUAUGCAAAGCAACUUGAAGUAAAGUGGAUUUAAACAUAAUGAAAUCAUCCUUGACAGCAAUUUGUUUGAAGUUCUUCUACUAUUAUGAGUGUAAAGGGAUUUUUUUUUUUAAUUGCCGGUUUCUGGGUAGAGUAUUGAGCAUAAUUUCUCACAGGUAAGCGAAGCAUUAACUCCUUGUGCAUCAUUAAUUUGGGGCUGGGGUGCGGGGAGAAACUGAGAGUUCGAGAGAGGCAUCUUCUCUAUUUCCUCAUUUGAAAAUUGAUUAGUGGUUAGCUAACUUCGAGAGGAACUCCAUCGGAUCACUGAGAAAAAGCAAUUAAUUACAAGCAUGAAAAUCCCAUAGGAUCCCUGACGUAGGAGAUAACACGCUGUGUGUGAAUAUCUGCCGGUGAUGGUUAACAGAUAUCAUGACACUCUACAUACAAAUUGGAAAAAAAGUAACAGCAAUUAGCUAGUUUGCAUCCCUUGUUCAGAUGAGCCGUGAGUUCUGGGUUUUUUGCUUUUAUAUACUUUUGCUGUAGGUGUUGGAAGUGUGGGUGGCCAAGAAGAAGCAGUGGUUACAAUAAGAUUUUCCAUUUAUUGCCCUUUGUGUACAACUAAAAAUAAGAUUCAAAUGCUUCAGAACUUGUAGAGCAAGCAUAAUCGUUCUGUUAGCUCUGAUGACUGGCUUGCAUGCAGCUUCAUCUCUGUCUGGUGAGUCCUGUGCUUGAAUACUUGUAAAUGUGUCUGUUGGAAUGAGAGAGGGAGUUUAUUUGCAGUGUUGUCUAGCUGUGUUAAUUCAUCAGCUUCUUGUUUUUUUAUUUAAAAAAAAAAAAAAAAAGAGGAGUUGGGCUUAGUGCAUAAGUAAGAGGUGGUGAUGAAAGAAUUUUGGAAGCGGAAUUGUGCUGUGAUCUGGAAAAAAACAGCUUUAGAGAGGACUGAAAGAUCUUUAAAAUCAGCCCUCCAACACUUCUCUGGCGUAACUUGAACUGCUGAUCCAGAACUUCAUCUUCUGGGAAAAAAAUAGAAAAUAAAAAGGAAAUCUGUACAAAUCUGCUGAGCACCAAGAAACAAAUUCUCAGUGUUAGCUUUUGACACGUAAAAUCCUUUUGGUUUGGUUUUAGGGUGAUGGUACUGAAAUCUGCUGUCUCAGUGGCUUUUCCAGGUAGUUGCACCGGUUAGGAAUUCGCUAAAUUAGUUGAAAUAUAUUGAGCUACUAAAUCUGUUAUGACCACAUUAAUUGAUAUGUCAGCUUGUGGCCAAGAGAAACAUUAAAGGGAGACGUUGUCAGCAUCUGCAGGGAAAUUCAUAACUUGGCGGUGUAAGGUUGGGUGCUGUCCCUGCCUCACUCGUUAAGCAGUUGUGGCAUUUCCAGAGAAUGAGUGUGCCUGUGCAUCUCGGGCUUCUCGGUUUGAUGUAAUUCGUGUAAUGGACGAGUAGAGAGAGCAUCUACUCAAGAGCUACGGAACCGAAGGUAACGGAGGGAGGCUCAAAACUCGUUUUCAGUUGUGUGUCAGCCCGAGCAUCGCAGCUUUCGUGGUGCUUCAUGACGGUUCCAGGUUUUUCGGGCUUCACGGCGUGGCAGAAGUGUUCCUGUUUGACUUGAGAACUGGGCUAAAUAAGACAAUAGGUUUUCGCUCUGAGUAACGCCGCCUUGCACAGAGGAUGUGGUGCGCUGGAGGCACUUAGAGGCACACGCGCUUGUUCCAUGGAAUAUUGAUGCUGUCGCUGGGUGUGAACGGCAUGUCUGUGGAUGAGAAGACUGACUCCCCCAUGUAUGUGUAUGAGUCAACGGUGCACUGUACCAAUAUUCUCCUCUGCUUAAAUGACCAGCGCAAGCAGGAUAUUCUCUGCGACGUGACGCUCAUCGUGGAGGGGAAGGAGUUCCGCGCCCACCGGGCUGUGCUGGCCGCCUGCAGCGAGUACUUCUUGCAGGCCUUGGUAGGGCAGACGGAAAAUGACCUGGUUGUCAGCCUGCCAGAUGAGGUCACUGUCAGGGGAUUUGGUCCAUUGCUACAGUUUGCCUACACUGCUAAGCUGUUACUCAGCAGAGAAAACAUCCAGGAGGUCAUCCACUGCGCUGAGUUCCUGCGCAUGCACAACCUGGAGGACUCCUGCUUCAGCUUCCUUCAGACACAGCUGCUGAACAACGAAGAUGGCCUGUUCCUGUGCAAGAAAGAUACCACCUGUCAGCGCAUGCACGAUGAAGAGAACUCAGAUGGAGACGAGGAGGAGACAAUGGAAUCGGAGACGUCAAAAAUAUCUUGCCCAAGAGAGAGAAUGCACCAGGAGUCCUUCAAUUUUGAAGCCACUGUUGCUGGAGCAGACAAAGGAGAAGGGAUGCUGCCUGACCCUGACAUGCUGAGAGAUAGCAAGGACAAUUUGGACAAAGAUGCAGUAACACGGUACCCCAGAUACAAGAAAUACCAGCUUGCUUGUACCAAGAAUGUCUACAACACAUCACACAUCAGUACCUCAGGUUUUGCAAGCACAUUCAGCGAAGAGAGCUCUGGAAAUGGCCUCAAAUCAGGACUUGCUAUGGGGCAGAUAAAAAGCGAGCCUCAGAAUGAAGAGAACGAUGAAGAAAGCAUCACGCUUUGCCUGUCUGGAGAUGAACCUGACAUCAGGGAUAAAGAAGGAGAUGUUGAAAUGGACAGGAAACAGCCAAGCCCCACUUGUGUUGACAGGCCGAAAAGUGGGUCCUCUCCUUCUUGCUUGCGGUCUUUCUUCAACAGAACAAAAAGCAUAGAUUUGGUUGGCUUCCCCAGCACUUCCCAGCAGCACUUUGGCAGGAGUCCAGCGUGCCCUUUUGAAAAAGGGACAACUCAGGGUGACCACAAAACUGAUUACGUCCCUUUCACGGGGAACUAUGGGCAGUCCCAUGCCAUGCAGAAGGAUGCUUCCAACUUCACAGUGGGAUCGCCGCUCAGGGGGCCCGGCUUUGAAACUCUCUGUAAGCAAGAAGGGGAACUGGACAGGAGGAGCGUUAUAUUCUCUUCGAACGCUUGUGACCAAGUAAACACUUCGGUGCAUUCAUAUUCUGGUGUGAGCAGCUUGGACAAAGACCUCACUGAGACUGUGCCAAAGGGUCUGUGGGCUGGUGGCAGCCAGUCUCUGCCCAGCUCUCAGACCUACUCCCACAGCGGACUGACAGCUGAUCACUUGUCGGGAAGGAUGCGGCCGAACACCAGCUGUCCAGUGCCAAUUAAAGUUUGCCCUCGCUCGCCUCCUUUGGAAACCAGAACCAGGACCUCCAGCUCGUGCUCUUCCUACUCGUACGCAGAGGACGGCAGCGGCGGCUCUCCCUGCAGCCUGCGUCUCUGUGAGCUCUCCUCUUCCCCCUGCUCCCAAGGCCCCCGAUUCCUGGCGCCCGAGCACCAGGAGCCCGGCGUGGUGGGAGAUGGAUUGUACAACCCGGUCCGAGCCCAGAUUAAAUGUGAGCCAUCCUAUGGAACAAACUCCAGCGAUGAGUCUGGGUCAUUCUCAGAAGCAGACAGUGAAUCAUGUCCUGUGCAAGACAGAGGGCAUGAGGUGAAACUUCCUUUUCCUGUUGAUCAAAUCACAGAUCUUCCAAGGAAUGAUUUCCAGAUGAUGAUAAAGAUGCACAAGCUAACCUCAGAGCAGCUCGAGUUCAUCCACGAUGUUCGCCGGCGCAGCAAGAACCGAAUUGCAGCUCAGCGCUGCCGCAAGAGAAAACUGGACUGUAUUCAGAACCUCGAAUGUGAAAUCCGCAAGUUGGUGUGUGAGAAAGAGAAACUGCUCUCCGAAAGGAACCAGCUGAAAGCAAGCAUGGGAGAAUUGCUAGACAACUUCUCGUGUCUUUCCCAGGAGGUGUGCAGAGACAUGCAGAGCCCGGAACAGAUCCAAGCCCUCCACCGAUACUGCCCCGUUCUCAGGCCCAUGGAUCUGCAGACAGCCCCCACCAUCAGCCCCUCCCCGGCCGGCGUGGAGCAGAGCCUGGUGCCGUCGCAGUGCGUCGGGGAGAGCAUGCAGUGCUGCUCGGAGCAAGGCUCGGUGCAGCUGGGAGCUCCCUGGCUGCCCAACAACGUCUCGGAGAAUUGCUCGGCCGGCGGCGGGGGGUUGGAUGGAGCUGAGCCAGGUACUUACCCCGAGAGAGAGCUUCCGCGAGAGCAGAGUAGCCAAACGGUCACGGUAGACUUCUGUCAGGAAAUGACUGAUAAAUGUACAACAGAUGAACAGCCUAGGAAAGAUUACACCUAGUGACUUGUAACCUUAACGUUACACCUGGUCAGGUGUUCUUCAGUCAGCCGGUGGCAGUGUUCAUUUGUUGUCUAGAAGAACGUAUUUGGUGCACACUACAGUGGUCUUAGCAGCAAUACUGUUUUUAAGUAUUCCCUCCUCUCUACAAGCAGGAGUUAUCUUCACAAUGGUGCUAUCCCUUGCUCAGGCAGGGAACUAAACAGUGGCAACACUGUCUGUUUUUGUAUGUUGAUUUCAAUCUUAACAGGGAUGGACAUAACACCUCUGAGGACCCAACCGCAGCUUUUUUCUCAGUGGCCCAUGUCACAAAACCCUAACUCAGGAAUUUCCUCUGAAUGUUCAAUUUUUCAUUGAAGACAGCUUCUUUACACAUCAAAGUUUUAUAGCUAAACUGUACAUAUUAUAUAUAAUAUAUAUAAAAUAUAUAUAUCCAUAUGCAAAAGUCCCUGCAUGCCUCAAUUUUUCUCAUCCUACAAACUGGAAGCUUUCAUUUACAUUGUAUAAACAAGUUCCAACAUUCCUUUUUGUCUUCGAUGCUAGAACUAGUUUGGUAACUUGUUACACGAUUUUUUUUUUCUCGGUUCUCAGUUCAGCAAUAUCAUUCAAUUUGUACUUAUUUAUAAAAUUUUAAUGUUGGAAGCUUAUUUGAGAUUUUAUUAUAGACAAUUUUUUUGGCACAGCCAUUUCGUGCCACUUGAGCAAUGUGGAUUUAUUUUAUUUUCUUGCAGAUACUGUACAGUAAUGGUCAACUUUGCCACUUGCACUGAGUUUCUGGUCAAACCUCUUUUCAUAAAUGAAGUCGUGACUUCAGUAUAACUUGAGUAUAUGGUUUUCUUUGCUUUAUGGCUUAAAGAAAAUAGAAAAGUUUUAGCUAAUAGACAAACACUCAGGAGCUCAUUACGUAGUAAAAAACGGUCUUGCCAAAUACUGAAUUCACUAUACAAUUUGUAAAGAGAAUCUGCUUGAAUUAUUUUUAUAUUCAGACUUCUUUCUGUUUCACAAACCAAGCUUAAGUGCUGUUAAUGAUGCUUUUGGAUUCUUAUAGGGUAAAGUAUAUUUCACUCUUUAGAGAAAAACGUAUUUGACAACUGGAUCUGUUCAUCAUACGUUCCACGAAGUAAAGUAAACGGAGAUCACAUCAAUACACUUCGGGGGGCUUCUUUUCCAGCCCCGGUCUGCAUCCUUUACUCAUGGAAGCAACUGCUGCUCCGAGUAGUCCCUGUAGCCUCACCUCAGCUUUCCUCAGACAUUACCUGUUUUUUCCUUCGCCAGACCCGAGCUGCAGAGGUGGGUCUGGCGAAGUCCGAGAUCCUGCCUGGGUAGGAAGAGAUGCAGGAUCAGACCCCUAACCGUUGACUUUGGUUUCCCUACAGAAGUCGAGUUAGCACUGUAUCCUCUAAGAGCAAAUCACACGUCUGUCGACACCCGCUCGGGUCGCUUACCCUUCCAGGUCUUGUGUUCCAGGAUCCUCUCGUCCCGCAGCGUUGCCCUCAGCACAAACCGCAGCUAAAAGAGCCCGGUCUCAAAGGAGACUGCUCAGUGAAUUGGCUUAGUUGUAACUGUAUUGGAUUUGUAUCUGAAGCGAUGUUGACUCGUGUUAUGACUGUGUGAGACAGCAGCUUUCCGAGCAUAACAGCUGUAUGUACAGUGUAGACAGAAGAACGUCCUCCUAAUGCUUUUUUAAUAAUUAUUAUUACUCGAAGUGUACUGAGUUUUUCUUUUGUGGUUCUUUGCCCUGCGUGUGCCAGGUUGCGUGGCUUUCUCCUGGGCGACGACUGUCAUGUGCUUUACUGGCUGAUAUUGUUUGUUCUUGCUGAAAAAAUCGACCAGCUGUUCACACCUGUUCAAAAAAAAAAAAAAAGACGAAAAGAGUGGGGGGAUAGCGGCUUCUCAGAAGCACUGGGCGAUCAUGUGGUCUUCUGCACUAACGUUUACACUCGAGGUGUGCGCUGGUGCUUUUUUUGAGGCACCCAGUAGAUCAGCAUCCUUACCUUGGAGGAGGAAUCAGCUCCCUCCCUCCCCUUCUUCCAUCUUCAGACUGUGCUCAUGGACCGUCGCGCGCUUGCCACAAGGUCUUGCUUUUACCCUCUGCACCCACACUAUUGUAGCCGAGCUACCGAGGAGGAAAUGCAUAUAGCAUGUGCCAUGUUUGUUGAAAAUACUUCUUUUCCCCGCAUGUACAAAGAAAAUCUAGUAUAUAAUGUAGGAGAAUAUUUAUGUUUAAGUAUUAAUCAUUACUGUACAAAAUCCUUACCUUUAGAUGUUCAAAAGUAUACGAAUGCCAUAAACUCCUAGUUCACACGGUUGAAAAAGGGGGAGGAGUCGUCCUUUCUUUUUACAAGAGCGUAAGCUAAAAAGAUUUGAACCCCCCCCCCACCUCCUCCCGGCCACCUUUUGCAGGUAACUGAGUGAGAAGCUCUUGCGGGGGGAUUGGGUUUUCCUUUGGAUUCAUUGACGUUGCAAAGCAGUUCUGUGCUUCGCAGAGAAGUUUUGUUUCUAUGAGACCAUGGUGAAAGCUAGAAUUUUAAAACUAAAUGUGAAUCACAUUAUAGACUCAUAGCUACUUGGGGGGGCUGGGGCGGAGGGAGGGGAGGGUCGACUGACACAGUAUUUUAAAGAUGUUUUUUCUGUUGCCUUUUUUUUUUUUUUUAAUUUUUAAGUGACCUCCUAUAUAUAUCAAUAGGUAGAAUGUUUUAUGAGCGUAAAACCAAGUUUUAACUUGCUUCCUGACAUGAAGAUUUACUCUACUAACAACUCAUGUGCAACUGGUACUCUUGACCUCAUUCCAACGGUUUAUAAACCCACCCACACAACCCAUUGCGCUGCAGCUCUUAGGUUUGACCUGGCUUCAUACUGGUGCUGGGUCUCUUGAUUUCCUCUACCUUGGGAACUGGUGUUUAAAACCACUGCUCAAAUAAGUGUCUCUUCCUCAACCUUUUCUCUCCUCUCGCUCUCUUUCCCUCCCCCGUGAGCUUUUCUGGAUGUUUGAUUUCAUUCUCGCCCAUUAGAAGUGGCUGAUUUUGUGUCAUUGCUUCCUAUAUUUACAUGUAUCAUGGUUUUUCAGUGGGUUGUUUUUUUUGGUGGUGGUGGUGGUUGUUUUUUGUUUCUAUUUCGUUUUGAGUUUUUUUUUUGCUACUCUGAACCACGUGGCUCUCAAAACUGUUACCGGGCUAACUUUAAAGGAAGGCAUUGGGAGAAUUAGCUUCAGACCUGGACGUCAGGUAGCAUCCCCAGCUGCUCUUGUCAUGAGGUCAAAACAGCUGACCACAAGGACACUGUUAGAAAGAAUUAAAAGAAAAGAAAUAAAAAAAUACUGACUGCAGUAUUGAUGAGUGUGAAGAGUUUGGCCAAUGGUCACCGUGAUCUUAAGUGGGAAUCUCUUUGCAUUUGUCAAAGAGGACACGUGCAGCACCUGUCCUGCCAGGCAGUGCUUGGGAAAGGUGUGACGAGCCCCCGUCUCCCUGCUGGGUGCUGCACAGCUCUUGUGGGCAUGCGAGUCCCCGAAGCUUUGUCCAGGCUGUACCUAGUCCUCCUCUUCCUUUGCCAUUGCUAUCCUUGUAUCGCCAGGAAACCUCAUUUCAUUUAGGCUCGUUAUGCUUUGUCAGGUGAGUACUACACUAUAUAAUGUGUUUGUUUCUCUGCGUUCUCUGGGGGUGCCUUGAACACAAUUAAAGCUCAUUGCAAGCUGAUUCUGGAACAAAAAGGUAGUGCAAAAAAAAAAAAUUAAUUAAAAAAGAAAAAAAAUAGAAACAGAGAGAGAGAAAACAAAACAGAAAACAUGCAAAAUGCAAAAGCAAAAUGUUGGCUGUGUUAUCAGGAGAUCCCAGUAUUUAUAUCACAAACUUCCUAACAUAUGAUGACUCAGGCGUCAGAGUUUGAUGCUGCAGUAUAAAACUAUUAUUUUAUAUAUUGUACAAGUAAUUUAUUAAAUGUCUUUCUAAGGGUAUAUGCUGCUUUUAAGAUGCACUAUAUUUUUGGAUCUAAUCCUUGUAUUAUUUUUUCCCAAGGAAGUAAAAUGUGCUGCAAAGGCAAGCCACAGUGAUUAGUAUGCUAACUGCUACUUCUCUUUAAAAAGGAGAGUGGGAACUAGAUAAGUAACUUUGCUAAAUGGAUUAACUGCUGCCAGAGAAAUGAUUAAUGCUGAUAGUGUGGUUGUUAAUCUGGAGUUCAACACUUCGUCAAGUCUGUAUUCUAAAGAGCGCUUAAAUAGAAGUUAAAAUGCCUAGAUAGAUAGUUAGGUUUUUUAAUAUGUAUGUUUAUGAUUGCCUAAGGAAAGAAAAACAAAUCUGCAUGCUGGAAUCACUAUAAUCUUGUAAUAAAAUAAAAUCUGAUCCACUAGGAGAAAGCAUGAUGAAGCACUGUACUGCCAGGCUCACUUGUGUCAUGUAAUCCACUACGGUGGUUGUUAAAGAGGAGAGGGAUGGGUUUCCAGAGUAGACCUGUAGUGAAUUUUGCAGUGAGACAAAGUGAACGUUUGCCAGGUUUACUCGAGCUCACGUGUUGUCCUCUGCCGUUACAACGAGGAGCACUGCUUUCACCUUUUUUUCUGAUCCGAAAUGCAUUUGGAGGUGUCUUCGGGUGAAUGUUGUGGCCCAAGUUUGCAGCGUUUUUAAAAGUCUACAUUUUAGGUCUGUGUAGAGAAGGUUUAGCUUCGGUGUGAGCAGCGGAGCUGAUGGCCUUGCAUGCAGAGGGAUCUGCUAAGUACGGGGUGGCUCAUUUUUGUUGGAAGUGAGGUGAAACUAAAACCAUUUCCGCAAAGAACUUGUGCUCUCUUUCCUGCUAGAAAUUUCCUCAACGGGAGCUUUUACUUCAUUUCAGUUUUGUCUCUGCCAACACAGUCCAAGUUAAUUUUAUAUACCUAUCUAUAAUACAUGUAUGUAUGUAUACAUACAUCUAUAAUUCUAGUCAGUGUGUGUUUGUGUAUUUUCCUGUUUAUAAUACCUAUGUGUAUAUUUAUAAUACUCCUUGGAGUAUUUCAUGACUCAGGCAUCAGAUCUGAUGCUGCAGAAUCCAAUAUAUGUGUAUAUGCAUAUGUUCAAAUACUGUGUGUAUAUUUAAAAGAUCUAUUGUUGGUGGUCUGUAGAAUAAUUAUUCUCCUUACUCUCAAAAUUUUAAUGGCAUUACUUGCAAGGACUAAGUGUAUAGUAUUUUCCUACACUCCACCAGGAUAGGUGUUAUUUAUAUCAAAGUCAAAUACUGAUAUGCAUUUUAAGGUGUUACACAUACAACGUUGCCAUUUUUGCAAAUAAAACCACUUUUUGGCAGGAAGGAAUCCUAAGAAUACCUUUUUGUAAGGGAAUUACCCCAGACAAACGACUGCUGAAAACCCAGUUAGAUGACUCCUGUUCUCAUAUGAAUUGUACUUGCUGUGGGACGAGCCCUUUACGGAGGCGAAACGACGCGCGCGGUGCCGCCCUUGUCCCGUUCGGCUCAUUGAGGGCCCGCGGAGAGAACCUAGCAUCCCAAAACAGAAAUGGCAGCUGGCAGCGUUUGCUCUCACUGACUGCUUAGAAGCAGAGGUGGUCCCAGGCUACGGACCCGAACGGCCCCUGGGACUGGGGUGGCUGUCAGGGCUCGGCCCCGUAGCCAGAGGAACUGCAGCCUCCAGGGCGCGAUCGCACGGGACCGAGCUGCCUCGUGUUUGCGGUAUGGCUGAGAGAAGCGUGCGUGCUCUAGAUCCUGUUCCCACUACUACUUGUGCUCUGACCCAAGCUAUCUGGAUCCCGCAGGCUGGCAGGAAUUAUACUAAACACUUUGGUGAUAUUUGAUGCGUGUUUGUUUACCAUUGAUUUCAAGCAUCGCCUUUGAUUUCAAGGGUGGGGAUGCCCUAAGAGUUUGUUCCAGAACCAGUUGGUUACAAGUGCACCUCUUAUAUAUGCCUUACAAACUUCAGAGGCCAUAUUCAAAACAGGGUUUUAUCAGUGUAUGCAAGGGGGUGCAACCCCUCUUCUCUUCCUCCCCAGGUCAAACAGUAUGGACAGUUUUCACACAUAUCUACCUGUAUAACCCUCUGUACCUCUCAUAACUGGUCAAUGACUGUAACAGGUUACAUCAGGUGUUUUUUCUACAUACUUUUUACACAAAUUCUAUGCGAUUAAUGUAACUUAAUUCAAUGCAUCAUUUUAUUGUACUAGUUCUUAAGCUUGUCUUUAUUUUUUUUCUAGGUGACUGUGGUUUCUUGUGAUUUUUAUUGUAUAAAUAAAUGAGGUGGCUGUUGAUGCUUACUCUCUGUUACUAAGAAUUUUUACCUUUUUGGAAGAAAGCAUUGCUAUGAACUAAUGAAUUUAAAAUGUCAUUUACUCAUUGUAAAUACAGUAUUGUGCAAAAAACAAAAAUGAAAAAAAAAAAAAAACACCCGACUCUCUUCAUUCAUUUGAAUUGCUAGUGUUAACUGAAUUUUGUCUAGACACCAUUUCUGUUGAUGAAAUAAAGACAUAUCAUUAUGUAUUGUAAAUCGA